CUCAAGCGCGUGGACCCGGAGAUCACGGAGAUCCUCGCGUCGGCGACGCACGCGACGCUCUACAACUUCGCGAGCGAGGAGUGGGAGCGCGGCGACGUCGAGGGCCCGCUCUUCAUCGCGAAGCGGCGGUCGCAGCCGCGCUACCGCCUCGUCGUGCUCAACCGCCUGUCCAUGAGCAACCUCGUGGAAGACGUCGACGCGGGCUUCGAGAUCGAGGUCGUCGAUCGCUACCUCAUCUUCCGG